AUGCAUUCUAAAAUAAGGUUGGCAUUUGAAAAAAUGGUUGGAUGUUCAAAUAUUAUAACUUAAGAUUUGAAUAAUUAUAAUAGAGAUUGGAUGAAUAAAUAUGUUGGACAAUCAUAAUUAGUAUUGACACCUUAAACAAGUGAACAUGUUUCAUAAAUUUUAAAAUAUUGCAAUUAAAAUUAAUUGAAAGUUGUUCCUUAAUCUGGAAAUACAGGAUUAGUAGGAGGAAGUGUGCCAAUAAAUGAUGAAAUAGUAAUUUCAAUGAGAAAAAUGAAUAAAAUAUAUGAGUUCGAUUAAAAUUCAGCAAUAAUAACUUCAGAGUCUGGAGUAAUUUUGUAGAAUCUAAACGAUUAUUUAUUUGAAUAUAAAUGUUAGAAAUAUGAUAACUAAAUAUAGAUUAAAUGCCAUGGGAUUUAGGAGCAAGAGGAUCUUGUUUAUUAGGUGGAAAUAUUUCAACAAAUGCAGGAGGAUUAAAUGUUGUUAAACAUGGAUUACUUAGAAAUUAUAUUAUGGGAUUAGAAGUAGUAUUGCCAAAUGGAAAGAUAUUAAAUUUGAUGAAUAAAAAUAGAAAAGAUAAUACAGGAACAGAUUUAAAAUAAUUAUUUAUUGGAUCUGAAGGAACUCUAGGAAUUAUUACAAAAGCAAAUGUUUUAUGUAUACCUAUUCCAUAAGAAAAAAAAGUAUUCUUUUUAGAAUUACAAUCUUUUUAAGAUGUUAUUAAGGUGUAAGGUAUAAUUAAUUAGAUUAGGUAUUAUAAAAAGUGAAGAAAAAUGAAUAAGUAUUAGCAUUUGAGUUUAUGGAAGGUAGAAUUCUAAAAAAGAAUAAGAAUAGACAUAGUUAAAAUACACUUCCAUUUUAAUUUGAUGAUAAUAAGUAUUAUGUUCUUAUUGAAAUUGCUGGAUAAUAAUUGAAUGUUGAUUAAUUUAGUAUUGAAAUGAUGGAAUUUACUUAGGAAAUUAUAAUCAAUUAAAAUGAAAAAGAAGCUUAAUUUUUAUGGAAAUUAAGAGAAGAGAUAGCAGAAUCAAUGGGUAAAAUGGGUUAUGUGUUAAAAUAUGAUGUAAGUAUUCCACCAGAUAAAUUUGAAUGGUUAGUGAAUUAAGUAUAUCCUUAAAGAGAAGGUCCAUUUCAUGUUUAUUAUGGUCAUGUAGGAGAUGGAAAUGUACAUAUCAAUAUAGUUUUUGAAUCAUUAGAACAUUUACAUAAAGAAGAAGAUAAAAUUGAAUUGAAAUUAUUUGGUUUAGUAAAGUCUUUAGGUGGAAGUAUCAGUGCUGAACAUGGCAUAGGAUAACACAAAAGAAAAUAUAUGGAACUUUAAAAAGGAAAAGAUGUAUUAGAGUGCUUAUAUUCAAUUAAGAAACUCUUUGAUCCAAAUUCAAUUAUGAAUCCAAAUAAAUUAUUAUGA